AUGACCACCUUUUUCUUAUCUAUCUAUCUAUCUAUCUAUCUAUCUAUCAUUGCUUGUUUACGUCUAUACUCUCUGUUCAAACUAUCUAUCUAUCCCAGUUCAAUCUAUCUAUCUAUCCCAGUUCUAUCUAUCUAUCUCAGUUCUAUCUAUCUAUCUCAGUUCUAUCUAUCUAUCUAUCUCAAUCUAAGUCAGUUCAAUCUAUCUAUCUAUCUCAGUCAGUUCAAUCUAUCUAUCUAUCUAUAUCAGUCAGUUCAAUCCAUCUAUCUAUCUAUCUAUAUCAGUCAGUUCAAUCCAUCUAUCUAUCUAUCUAUAUCAGUCAGUUCAAUCCAUCUAUCUAUCUAUAUCACCUCUCACGCACGCGUGCAUCUCUUUCGCACUUGUGCUGCGGUUAUUCUUCGUAUUUCAACCAUUACAAUGUUGUCAUCCUCUCUGUUUCUUUCUUCAUCCCUCAUCUCUGCCACCCACGCCUGGUAUCUUCUUCCUUCGCCGCUAGAAAAGCGCUGUUAA